UGGCUCUUCUCGCUCGCCCUCCAUCCCUGCUCCUGCACCGGUCUGCAUCUCCCAGCAGAAGGCGCAGCCAUGAAUCCGUUAUUCGGCCCCAAUCUCUUCCUCCUACAGCAGGAGCAGCAGGGCCUGGCCGGGCCGCUGGGGGACCCACUGGGAGGUGACCACUUCGCCGGGGGAGGAGACUUGCCCCCGGCGCCUCUGUCGCCUGCCGGCCCUGCUGCCUACUCGCCACCCGGGCCGGGCCCGGCCCCGCCUGCCGCCAUGGCCCUCCGCAAUGACCUGGGCUCCAACAUCAACGUGCUCAAGACCCUGAACCUCCGGUUCCGCUGCUUCCUGGCCAAGGUGCACGAGCUGGAGCGUCGGAACCGGCUGCUGGAGAAGCAGUUGCAGCAAGCGCUGGAGGAGGGUAAGCAGGGCCGGCGGGGCCUGGGUCGCCGCGACCAGGCCGUGCAGACCGGCUUCGUCAGCCCCAUCCGGCCCCUGGGGCUGCCGCUGGGCGCCCGGCCGGCCGCCGUCUGCAGUCCGUCGGCGCGGGUGCUGGGCUCGCCCGCGCGCUCGCCGGCCGGCCCCCUCGCCCCCUCCGCGGCCAGCCUCUCGUCGUCCUCUACCUCCACCUCCACCGCCUAUUCCUCAUCGGCCCGCUUCAUGCCCGGCACCAUCUGGUCCUUCUCGCACGCCCGCCGGCUCGGGCCGGGACUGGAGCCCACUCUGGUGCAAGGACCUGGCUUGUCGUGGGUGCACCCGGAUGGGGUGGGCGUCCAGAUCGACACCAUCACCCCCGAGAUCCGCGCGCUCUACAACGUGCUGGCCAAAGUGAAGCGGGAGCGGGACGAGUACAAGCGGAGGUGGGAAGAGGAGUACACGGUGCGGAUCCAGCUGCAGGACCGUGUAAAUGAGCUCCAGGAGGAAGCCCAGGAGGCUGAUGCCUGCCAGGAGGAGCUGGCACUGAAAGUGGAACAGUUGAAGGCUGAGCUGGUGGUCUUCAAGGGGCUCAUGAGUAACAACCUGUCGGAGCUGGAUACCAAGAUCCAGGAGAAAGCCAUGAAGGUGGAUAUGGACAUCUGCCGUCGCAUCGACAUCACCGCCAAGCUCUGUGACGUGGCUCAGCAGCGCAACUGCGAGGACAUGAUCCAGAUGUUCCAGGUCCCAUCCAUGGGGGGGCGGAAGCGGGAGCGCAAGGCUGCCGUCGAGGAGGACACCUCCCUGUCCGAGAGUGAGGGGCCCCGCCAGCCUGAUGGGGAUGAGGAGGAGAGCACAGCCCUCAGCAUCAACGAGGAGAUGCAGCGCAUGCUCAACCAGCUGAGGGAGUAUGAUUUUGAGGACGACUGUGACAGCCUGACUUGGGAGGAGACUGAGGAGACCCUGCUGCUUUGGGAGGAUUUCUCAGGCUAUGCCAUGGCAGCUGCAGAGGCCCAGGGAGAGCAGCAGGAAGACAGCCUGGAGAAGGUGAUUAAAGAUACAGAGUCCCUGUUCAAAACCCGGGAGAAGGAGUAUCAGGAGACCAUUGACCAGAUAGAGAUCAAGGUUUACCUCGGGCACCUGAAGCCAUAGGAAGUGAAGCAGUGGAUAAGGAGGGAGCGGCUUUACCCUUACUGCUCUCACACUGGAUGUGUUUGAGAAGGAAGUUGGGAAGUUAUUUUUCUACAUACUCAUUCUCCCAACACACAUCAAAUUGUCCUGCUCCUGCAAGCAAACCUGGUUUUCUUGGCCAGGUAGAUGAGGUUUCCUGGAUUUGUGCUGCUACCUAAAGACACGGCAAGGGAAACCAAUCAUCCCCACUCUCCUGUCUACCCGGCUCUCUGUUUCCUCCCUCCUGCCUGACCUGAUUCUCGCCUCCCUCUUUUGGUUGGUGGAUUUAAGGUCUGGUGUUUUCAUUGUGCCUUCAACCAAAUAGGGGCCUUUGCGCAGCCAUCUGCAUGAAGAAGAGAGCUCGGGCUGCCAUCUCUCCUUAGUCUCCCUGGACCUCAAGUGCCCAGUGUAAAACACGAUCCGAAUGAAUGAAAAGAAUAUCCUAAAUGGAGUCAUGCCUUUUAAGCUAUUUUCUGCUGGGCACAGUGGCCCUCCCCUGUAAUCCCAGCACUUUGGGAGGCCAAGGCAGGCGGAUCACUUGAGAUCAGGAGUUCAAGACCAGCCUGGCCACCAACAUGAUGAAACCCUGUCUCUACUAAAAAUACAAAAAUUAGCCAGGUGUUGUGGUGGGUGCCUGUAAUCCCACUUAUUUGGGAGACUGAGGCAGGAGAACCGCUGGAAUCAGGGAGGCGGAGGCUGCAGUGAGCCAAGAAUGCUCCACUGCACUCCAGCCUGGGUGACAGAGCGAGACUCUGUCUCAAAAAAAAAAAAAAGCGUAUUUUCAAGUCAUCUGAUCCCCUCUUUCUCCAAGUACAGUGACUUCAGGGCAGCAGUCCCCAACCUUUAUGGUACCAGGGACUGGUUUUUUGGAUGGCAGUUUUUCCACUGACCUGAGUGGGGAAUGGUUUCAGGAUGAUUCAAGCACAUUAUAUUUGUUGUGCACUUUAUUUAUUUAUUUUAUUUUUGAGAUGGUGUCUUACUCUGUUGCCCAGGCUGGAGUGCAAUGGCACGAUUUCGGCUCACCGCAACCUCCGCCUCCCUGGUUCAAGCAAUUCUCCUGCUUCAGCCUCCUGAGUAGCUGGGACAACAGGCUCGUGCUGCCACACAUGGCUAAUUUUGUAUUUUUAGUAGAGACGGGGUUCUCCACAUUGGUCAGGCUGGUCUUGCUUGAACUGCUGACCUCAGGUGAUCUGCCUGCCUUGGCCUCCCAAAGUGCUGGGAUUACAGGCGCCAGCCACCAUCUUGGUCUGUGCACUUUAUUUCUAUUAUUACAUUCUUGUUAUGCAGUUAAAAUGAAAUAAUUUUCAGCAAAAAAAUGAAAUAAUUAUACAAGUCACCAUAAUGUGGAAUCAGUGGGAGCCCUGAGCUUGUUUUCCUGCAACUAGACAGUCCUGUCUGGGGGUGACAGGAGACAGUGACAGAUCAUCAGGCAUUAGAUUCUCAUAAGGAGCAUGCAGCCUAGAUCCCUCACAUGCACAGUUCACAAUAGGGUUCCUGCUCCCUUGAGAAUCUAAUGCCGCUGUGGAUC